UAAAAAGCCAAUCUUGUCUGUAAACGAUAGUGUCUUCUUAGUAGCUAAUAAAGUGAGAGAAUAACCACAAAUUGAUAAUGGAGAAGAUUUACAUUUCUAAAUUGAUGAGUAAUCUAAUAUAUAUAAAGGAUAAUAUAACGUUACCACAGCUGAGCAGGACAAUAGAUAUAAUGAUUGAGAAAGGACAUAUUUAUAUGGAUGAGAAAGACAGCAUCAUGUCAAAGAAAUCUGUGGAUGAGUGUUGUGAUUGGUUCAUUCGCAUUAUUUGUAAGCGUGGAGGAUCCUCUUUUGCAGAUUUGCUACAUGCUUUUAGAAUUACUGGAAAUAGUCAUGUAGCGAAUAUGUUGAAAGGCACUGCAAUUGAACUAUCGAUAUCACCGAUAACGUCAGGGUAUCAACGAGCCCAAAAGACAACAGAAAGAAAUAUUGACGAAUCCUCUGAUCAUAAUGUGAAGUUGAAAAUGAGAAGCGACCAAACUGAAAACCAAAGUGAGUGUAGUGCAGGAACUGUUUCUCUGGAUUCAAAAGACAGUACCGUUGGGCGUUACCGGUCAUUACGUAACGAGGAAGCAGUAGAUAAUGGGAAGGAAAGUUUGGCGAAAUGUCUGCUUCUUGAGAAGGAACUAGUACAACACAAGGAGGAGUUGGAAAAACUUCAACGAGUUGAAGACAUGAAUUUUUACUUAGAAAAUCAAGUGGACAAUUUGGAGGAUGACAUAAAAAAGCUAAAGCAGACCAUUGUAGAUAAAGAGAAAGAAAUUAUGAGACUCAAGAACAAAUUGGGUAAAAUACAAACGCAUCAAGAGGUUAUCCGAAAGGAAGGUGUCGAAACACGACAGAAGCUGGACGGUGUUGAAAAGCACCUUAACCAAAAGUUAGACGGUGUGGACGAGCGAUUAGUUGGUUUUGACAAACAAAUUACUUCCAAAUUUGACAAUGUUGAUAAGCAGCUGAAACUAAUGAUGGAAGAGUUUCGAAAAGUUCGCGUUACGUCGAAUAAAACUUAUGCAAAAAAUAAAAACAAAGUUAAAACAAAGGAGAUUAUUAUUGAAAAAUAAUGCAUUGGCACAUUGGAGUAGAACAUGUAUUUUUAAUAGUAUAUAAAUCGGAAUUUGUUCUACAUGUAAAUAAGUGUAUCACAAUUUCAUGCUUUUAUUUAUACACCGUGUGAGACGUUGUGAAACGCAAAUUAAAUGUGCCCAUUUAUGUCAUGUAAUUGUGUACAAUGAAUCAUAUUUAAUCAUCCAAUUUAAGUGUCGUGACUGUAUAUUUAAAUUGCGUUUAAAAUACAGAGGAGUGUAUUAAGUAUUCAAUCAUAUUUAAAAGUUUGUACAUUUUAAUAAAGAUAUUCAUGUUAUUAUCAAUUUAUAAUAAAUAUAUUGAAGUGAAACUGGUUAUUUUCUGAUCAUUUCCUGGUAUAUAAUUCAUACAAGAUAAGUAUUGAACAAAAUGAAUACAAGGUUGUUUUGAAAUUCAUCUCUUUAUUACGAAUUAAUAUCAAAGUACCAAUCAAAAAGUUUAAAUAACUUAAACGAAUUCAUGAGACGCCAUGUAAUGAAAUAGCUAUUCUAUGUCAUUUUUAAAAAGAUUAAUAAAUAGACUGAAAAAAACUUCCACUUAAUACGUUCUUGGUAUUUCUACUUAAACAUACAACCAGUUCAUAUUAGUUUUUAGAUUGUUGGUACAUUGUGGUACAAAUGUAUGUGGUUAAUAUAAUCAGAAGACUUUUUUGAAAAACAUAAAUGUAUUUUUCGU